AUGGCAUCAUUCCGGACAUCCUCGCUCCUCGCUCUCACAGCUUUGACGGUGCAGGUCGCUGCUCACGGUCAUGUUGACUGGAUUAUAACUGAUGGAGUAGCAUACCGAGGAUACGAUGCUCCAGCAUUCAAUUGGAAUCCAACCCAAUUCCCUGUCGCUGGAUGGAUCACUGGCGCGACUGACAAUGGCUACGUGGAACCAAACAGCUUCUCCGACCCUGAUAUCAUUUGCCACAGGGCCGCUAGAAAUGCUCGAGGGCACAUUGCCGUGUCUGCUGGUGACAAGAUCAAUCUCAAAUGGAACGAUUGGCCAUCGUCCCACAAGGGCCCUGUCAUCGACUAUCUAGCCAAGUGCCCCGGAAACUGUCAAGACGCUGAUAAGAGCGAACUUGAGUUUUUCAAGAUUGGCGAAGAGGGACUCAUUGACCUGUCUAAGGAUAGUGGUCACUGGGCCUCGGAUGUUUUAAUCAGUAACCAAAACUCGUGGACUCUCCAGAUUCCUUCGGCGUUGGCUUCGGGAAACUACGUUUUGCGCCAUGAGAUUAUCGCUCUUCAUGGGGCAGGACAGAGGAACGGUGCUCAGAACUAUCCCCAAUGCUUCAACAUUAAAGUUACAAAUGGUGGAAAUGUGCUUCCUGAGGGUGUCAAAGGUACCAGCCUUUACAAGUCUGAUGACCCCGGUAUCCUCUUCAACCUCUACGUACCCAGAAGUUCUCUGUCGUGCAAUAUCCCUGGCCCUACACUGGUUCCGGGUCUUUCUUCAACAGUUGAGCAAAAAACGACAACGGCCACUGCUACAUCCAGCGCCACAAUUCCAGGCCAACAAACCACGUCUUCAUCGUCUUCAUCGUCUCUGUCGUCCUCGACUACAACGACAACAUCCUCAUCCUCUAGCUCUACAACUUCUCGAAGCACAAGCAGUAGUCAAGGCACAACACUUAAAACUACAACUACAAGCAAGUCUGAUUCCAUUCCUACUGGAGAUAUAAUGUGUGGACCAGUACAUGGCCUGGCGAAAUAUUCGCAGUGCGGAGGCAAGAACUACGUUGGUCAGACCGUAUGUGCCUGGGGAGCUACAUGCCAGGUGGUGAACGAGUAUUAUUGGCAGUGCCUUUGA